AAUGGAGGUACUUGGAAAAUCUAUGGUAGCAGUGCCUACAAAUGUUAUAUAUCUGUCAACUAUUCUUGGCCAAGAUGGCCCAAACCCUGUUCACAAGUGUGAUUGGAAAUGUGGAAAUGAAAAUGUCUGUGGGAACAUGUACCGCUGCCGUCUAACUGGGCUGACACACAUUUGUGACAAAAACUGUAACCAGCGAAUAUUAUAUGAUAACCAUAACUCUCUUUGCAGAGUUAGCAGACAGAUUUUCCCUUUAACACAAGUUGAAAUGCAGGCUGUGAAAGGUGUACGGAGGAAGUUUGAUGCUGAUAGUUCCCCUUCUGAUAGCUGCGCCUUUAAGCGCAGAAGGGAUGCACAUUUCCAUCCAUCACCAUUUGAAAGAUCUUUCACUGCUGUUAGUCCCAUUUGCAGUCAAGUUGGAGAGGGCAUGGACUUGAACUAGAUAUAAUAAAUUUCCAUCCUUUCGUCUGUUUAAUUUUACUGUCUUUUCGGACUGGAUUAGGAACAAUUUCAUAAUUUCCAUGGCAGACUAGAUUGUCUUGCCACUUUGUAGGACUUAUAUUCUACAUUCCUAUGGACUGUAGCUCUUUUAUAACUGUUUAGGAGUAACAAUAUUAUGUCUGCAAACGCUGAUAUGCGCCUGAGUUGAUGUCACGUGAAGUCUUUAACUAUAUAUAGUGCAGUAUUUGGU